AGAUAAUAUUUUAGUAAAAUACAGAAUUCAUAAAUAUGUGGCCAACUAAAAAUCGACUGUGUAUAUUUAAUAUCUAUAUAUUGGCAUUUGGAAUUGGCAACCUCUCGCAGAAAUGACGAUUCUACCCUCCAUAGCAAUUAAAUAAAGAGUGUGGUGUGGGAGACUUAUCCCAGAAAGAACGGCAAAACCUCAAUCAAAUCCUUGUGAGAAAAUGACGACUAUACCCUUCUAAGGAGGCUUCUCCGAAAUCACACAGCCUGCAAAUCCGCAUCAGCUAAUUAAUCUUCAUUAAUUAUUAUCUGUACCUUAGUUGGCUUCCAUGGCCGCUCCUUCUCCGAAACCCCAUUGACAUUAUUAUUCUUCUUUCUUCUUCUUCUUCUUCUUCUUCUUCUUCUUCUUCUUCUUCACUCUUCACCCAUAUAUAUGCCCCAUUCCACUCCUACUUCUUCACCUCGAACUCACACCCAAGUCCUAAUCCUUAAUCCGAUCUCACAAUCUCACUCCAAAAUGGCAUUUGGCGCAGAGCAAUCGGGAUUCCAGGACUGGCUGCCGACGAUGGCGCAGAGGCUUGGCGGCGAGGGGCUGAUCGGGGAGCUUUGCAAUGGUUUCAAUCUUCUGAUGGAUAGAGAGAAGGGGGUGAUCGAUUUCGAGAGCUUAAAGAGGAACGCGGCGGCGCUAGGGCUGGCGGAUCUGAGCGAUGAGGAUCUGAGAUCAAUGUUGAGGGAAGGGGAUUUUGACGGCGAUGGUGCUCUUAAUCAGAUGGAGUUUUGUGUUCUUAUGUUUAGAUUGAGCCCUGAUUUGAUGGAUGAGUCAUGGUUCUUGCUCGAGGAGGCUCUGAACCAAGAAUUCAAGGAUUUUUGUUGAUUUGUUCUUUUUUUUUCUUUUUUGUAAUUAAUUACUGAUUUUCUUCUCGACUUAUUGAAUUUAUAUGGAAAGAGAAACCGAAAAUAAAUUAAUAACUUUUACUAUUCA